CCAAGUCUUCCGAUUCACGUUUUGAUCGUUUAGUCGGGUUUCGAUAUUUGUCCACAGUGGCGUUUAUCUUCGGUGAAAAAAUUCUACGCCGCACGAGUGUUUACUUGACCUGAAACGGAAUAAAGUUGGUUUUUGUUUGAAUUAGGCGUAACUUUGGAAGCGUGCCGCGAUCACGUUUUCUACGUAGAAAAAUUAGUUGAAGAUUAUCUUGAGUGUGACGGAAAACUGAACUGUAGGUGGAGUGAGUUUACGGGGAAUCAGCGAGAAUAGCGCGCUUUAGGUUUCGCUGGGGGGAAGUCGAACAGCAAGAAGUGUUGGCAAAGUGCUGCACGAAAACGUCGCCUAGUUGUCGUGUGCCACAGCUGGAUGAACUGUCGGAAGUGUCAAGUUUAAAAGUGGAUCUAAUUACCUGCCGCCAAUUGAAGUUGAUACGGCCCUGAGGUCAUUGUUCUGCCGACAUCAGCGUCUCGUUCGGCUUUUUGAAACAACGGAAACAAACAUGAACGCCCAGGAGAGAAGGACUUCCUUCGCCCGGCGGGCGGAGAGCUUGAUCGAGCGGAGAUAUGCAGUCAACACGGAGAAAAGCGGUGAAAUCAUAGUUACAGUUCAGGGUGACCUCACACAGCAGGAAAAACGCGCUGUCUUUCUCACUGUUCACGAUCUGGGCUGCAAUCAUUCCUCUUUCGAAGAGUUUGUCAACAGUGCGUGUAUGAUCGAAAUUAAGGAACGGUCGUGUUUCAUUCAUAUCGACGUACCCGGACACGCGGACAACGCUCCAAAUCUACCAGAGAACUUCCAGUUUCCAUCGCUUCAGUUGCUGGGCGAAGAGCUGGUUACGGUGUUGGACUUUUUGCACGUUAAAUACGUUAUCGGCCUAGGCGAAGGUGCGGGCGCCAACGUCCUGGCCCGAUUCGGUUUGGCACAUCCGUCACGAACCCUCGGUCUCAUUCUGAUCAACGUCACCGGUUCGGCAGCUUCGGUGCUAGACGCAUUCAAAACCAAAUUCAUCAGCUGGAAGGGAGACGAACUCGGCCAGUCAGCCGAGGACUUUCUACUGUAUCACAAAUUUGGCUAUCAAUUAGUCGGUGACAACCCGGAUAAGGAAAAAAUUGUCGCCGAAUUCCAGAGCCGACUUCACAGCUCGUUGAAUAACAAAAAUCUGAAGCAAUAUGUAAAAGCAUUUAUGAACCGUAAGGACCUGCCGCUGAAGAACUGCAAGGUUGAUUGUCUAUUGAUUACUGGUGUUAUGAGCCCAUACGCUGGUGUUGUUGAGAAAUUGUACAAGGACUUGAACAAGGAAAAAGUCACCCUUUUGAAGGUCGAACGUGCCGGAGAUGUUCUGGCUGACGCCCCUGCCAAGGUAGCCCAGUCAAUCCUACUGUUCUGCAAGGGCCAAGGUCUUUUGACAUCAGUCGCCAUGCCCGGUGUUGAUCGCAGCAGGGCAUUUUCUACCAGUUCCGGUGGUUCGACCGAAGGAACUCCGGGAGCCCGGCGGCUGUCCCGUGGCAUGUCAAUGGAGGACUACGACAAGCCCAACAUUAGACGGUUGAGUGUCACAAUCACCGAACACAUUUGCUCAUUUCAAUACAUGGAUUCUCCACCCGUGAAACCACCGAGAGCCGUAAAAUACGGCAAAGAAACGAGCGGCUGCGGACUAUUGGUUUCGGUGAUCAAAACCCUUGACGCCAGCGAAACCAAUGAGCAGCGAGAACGGGAGAAGCAGAAGAUCGAAAAGGAGUUUCGUAAAACUGAUCAGAGGUUGAACCAGUUGGUUUCCCGGAACGAUGGGGAUCUCACACGGGUUAUGCAGUUGUUCGGCAAGGUCUCGACACAGAUCACCAGCUCCCGGGAGAAAAUUCAUGUGGUCAAAGAAAACUUGCAAACGUGUAAGCAAUUGUUACGAUGCCGGCGGGAAGAACUGAAAAAGCUCUACACGGAUGCUGUGCAGCACAAGUAUGUGUUGGAAAUGUUGGACCAGAUCAACGAACUCCGUAGAACUCCUCAACAGUUGGCUUCGUUUAUGGGCAAGAAGCACUAUCUACAUGCAACCAAACUUCUAAUGUCGGCAAUCGAAAUGACGGAAGGUCCCCUGAAGGACGUAGAAGGUCUGAACGAUUUGCGGCAGGAUUUUCAGACCAAACGGCAACAGCUCUAUGGUCGGCUGCUUGAGGAACUCAACAAACAUCUUUACGUUUCCAGUACGGCUGAAGUGCUGCAAAGCUUUCAAAGGCAAAGCUCUGGUCGGAACAGUCAGUACGCGGCGAACAGUACAGCGGCUUCGCCAUUUCAGCGGAACGUUUUGCGGCGAUCGGCCGAACGAAUGGAAGCCAACACGAAGGCUAGAAGAGCAUUGUUUGAAAUUGCACAGAAUGGCUACCUCGAUGUCGACAAGAGCGAAAUCAUCGAAGACACGGAUUUGCUCGAUCCGGAUGUCAAUUCUACCUAUUUCAUAGGAAUCAUCAUUGAGUGUUUUGCGUUGCUGAAUAAAGUGCCUGAAUCGAUAGAAUCCAUAAGAGUACAAAUGCAAAGUGAACUCCUAGCGAUUGUCACGAGAUCCACUCAUCACAUCAUCACACUCAACCAGCAGCAACAGAAUCAGCAGCAGACACAGCAUCAGAUCCCGUUUGGAAAUCUGGCGACAAACACUGAAGAGACGCCCGACCAGACAGCUCCAAUACUCGAACUUCUAGAAAUAGUCUUCAAACAGUUAAAGCUUAUUGCAAAUGCGCAUCAAUUGACGCUUAAAAACUAUCACAACGUAAUGCACCGUUACAAUCUAACGCAAGCGAAGGCUUAUGAUCUAAUUGAAUACUGGGGACAGGCUCAGGCGGUCUUGAAAUUAGUGUUGACUGAUUAUCUUGAUAUACAAAACGACAGCAGUGACGAGCUGAUGCGAGCGCAGUUUACCGAGCAGACGACUAACAUCAACACAUUCUUCAGCCGCCGUAAGAUGCCAGGUAAGAAGAUGCUGUUCAAAUUCGACAAGUCUUCCCAUACGGCUUUGCUGGAACCGGACUCCGGUGCGAAAGAGCAUCGCCGCAAUCCGUCGAAUGUGUCGAAUAGUGCUGCAGCCAAAGAGGAUGCAUUAAAUCAGUCCCUUGGAAAUGGACGGGAUUUGCUGAAUGCUAGCUUUAGCAAUAAACAAGGUGUUGUACCACUCGGGCCGGAACGAAAGAAACAAGAACGAUCGCUUGUCUGCACUCCGGAUGCUGCUCUUGUAAGGCAGAUUUAUCUACCGAUGAUGGGUUACAUUCAUGAGAUAGAAGGAUUUAUGAAGUGUAAAUCAGGUCAAUUGUGCAGUUUGAAUACCUUCUUGGCUAAUUACGUAAAGGAUGCUUAUCUGGCGAGGGGUCACAAUCGAAAUUUACAGCUUACAAUCGAAUCUUUAUCAAAAACACAGGAUGCUUGGCGCUCAAUUAUUACACCGGAAGAGAUGAAGCGACUUGGAUUGACGAGACCGUUGCUGCAAAAUACCGUACUGGUAGAAAGUCGAAUCUCUGAAACCAAAAAACUUAUCUUGGAUCUCCCAACGUACUCGGACGAACUGCUCAAAAUGGUAUGUUCACUGUUGAAAACAUAUCGCGAAACGUGUCAAGCUGCGUACCGAGGUAUUGUCCAACCAGAAACGGAGGAUAAGCGAAUUUACAGUGUAGCGUGGUUGAAGGAUGACGACAUCACAAGGUUUCUUAAAUCUCUUCCGAACUGGACCGAUCUCAAGACGUCCAACGUGCGUCACAAGCAACAGCCGGGCCAGAAGCGACUUAUGAAAACGGAACCUUCGGAGGAGGAAAGCCCCACGGCUGUACAGCAGCGGAACGUUCGGGAAGCUGAAAUGCUUACCAGCAACCUGGGCGAGGGUGGUAUCUCGCAGCAGGAAAUUCUCUCGGAUGUCGGCGUCCUCAAGGAGUUGGCCAUUCUGCAGGAAAGCAUGGAAUGGUUCGCCAACCGAAUAACCGAUUUUGCUAACGAUCUACGGAAGCCCAUCGUAAAUGGGUUGCUCACUGGUGGGGGUUCCAGUUCCUCGCCGGUUGUUGUCAAGGACGGUAUGAUUAAGGUGCUGAUGAAUUUAGCUCUGGAGUUCGAAGAAUUGGCCAACACCUGUCUGUUGGUGCUGCAUUUAGAGGUGCGCGUACAGUGCUUCCACUAUCUUAAGUCCAAUCCGUCGGAUAAGUUUAAGCCAAACAAUCCGAACAAGAAUGAUUCGCUUGAACCGGAUGCGAAGGUGCUUAAACUGACAAAAGUGCUUUCCGAUAUGGAUGAAGCGCUAAGUUUGACGUUACAUCCGAGAAAAACAAAGUACGUGUUCGAAGGCUUGGCUCAUUUAGCUUCCCGAAUACUCGUGAUGACAGCCAAUUCCAUGGAGUAUAUAGACCAUGCCGGAGUGCAACGCAUGUGCCGUAAUGCACUCGCUCUGCAGCAAACACUCAGUAGCAUCACCGCUUCCCGGGAGGUGGCGCUCGAUUAUGCUAGGUCGUUUUACGAAAUGUUUUACCUUGAUCCAGAUGAAAUUUUAACCUCAAUAAUCGAGAAAGGAACACAAUUCACCGAGAUGCAGUAUUUAAAUGCUUUGCAUUUGAUUUGCAAAAAUCGAGGCAUCACCGAUCAGAACACUCUGGUUAUGUACCAGCAAAAGUUGAGCGAUGUUCUCGGAACAAAGCCUGCGCUUGGGGUCACUGUUUAGUAAGUAGAUAUUACGAUAUUUAUGAAUUGUUGUGUAGUGACGAAAUGUAGGUGAAUAUUGUUGCUAAUGAAGUUACUACUGAUACCAGAAGAUGUAAACACAUUACUAAAACGCUAGUAAACAGCAGCGCAAAUUUUUGUAAAAAUUAUUUGUUGCAGCAAGGAUGAUCAAAGGUGUUCAUUGUAAACCGCUACAUUUGUGAAAUGUAUUGAAUUUGGCUACAAUUGUUUUCGCGGAAUCAAAAACCACUAGAAAUUAUCUUUAAUCGAUUAAAACCGAUCAGUUUCGUAUUGUCGCAAAAUAAUUUAUUCAUUUUACAGGUAUAUUUAUUUGAAAAUAAAGCGUAACAGUACUUUUCGUGCAUGUUUAACUCCUCCGAGAGAAAAAUGGCUGAAGCAAAACGUUAUUUGUAGAUUGCAAGUUACA